GGGAGAGGCGGAGACGGGCCCGGCUGGCUGGUUGUUUGUUUGCGGCCCGGGCCGGCGUCAGCUGGCCGCGAGCUGAGCCCACCUCUUCCAGGGCCCCCGCCCCUCGCUCCCCGAGCUCUCAUUGGCCCGGCCUUCGCUUCACUCGGCCCAGCACUUCCUGGCGGAGCCAUGGCUGUGGACCUAACCGGCGGAGGGCCGGCCGCGCCGCUGCCGCCCGGCCGCUCCGGCCAGGGAUCGGGAUCCAGCCCGGGCGCCGGCGGUGCUGCGCCGGCCAGCGUGUAGCAGCGGCCGCCCGCGCAGCGCUCACCUCCCCAGGAAUACUACCAAUAACUUUAUAAUGGAGGGGGCCAGACAGACAAGAGUGUCUCGUCCAUACAAGAUCAGCGAAUCUUCUAAGGUAUAUAGAUGGGUUGACCAUCCCAACAUGGUGCUCCAGAGACUGAAUGAGCAGAGACACCGAGGCCUCUUCUGCGACAUCAUCUUGGUUGCUGAUGAACAGAGAGUCCCUGCCCACCGGAAUCUCCUGGCUGUGUGCAGUGACUACUUCAACUCCAUGUUCACCAUUGGUAUGCGAGAGGCCUACCAGAAGGAGGUGGAGCUGAUUGGAGCCUCUUACAUCGGCCUCCGAGCUGUCAUUGACUUUCUCUACGGCAGCGAGCUUUCAUUAGAUGGUGGUAACAUUGACUAUGUCUUAGAGACUGCUCACCUCCUGCAGAUCUGGAAGGUGGUUGAUUUCUGCUGUGAGUACCUGGAAAAUGAGGUGAGCGAGGAGAAUUAUCUGUACCUGCAAGAGCUAGCAUCCAUCUACAGUCUAAAACGCCUAGACUCUUAUAUAGACUCCUUUAUCCUGCGUAACUUUGGGACGCUGUCCUUCACCCCAGACUUCCUGCAGAACGUCUCCCUCCAGAAGCUCUGCCAGUACCUGGGAAGCAGCCUGGUGCAGCGAGAGUGUGAGCAUGACUUGCUGCAAGCGGCCCUCCAGUGGCUGACCCAGUAUCCAGAGCGGGAGGCUGAUGCCUUCCAGGUGCUAGAAAAUAUCCAUUUCCCGCUGAUCCCCAAGAGCGACCUCCUGCAUCGAGUCAAGCCAGCUGUCUGCUCGCUGCUGCCCAAGGAGGCGAACUGCGAGGGGUUCAUUGAGGAAGCCGUGACCUACCACAACAACGUCGCUGCCCAGCCCGUGUUACAGACCAAACGCACCUCGCUCCGCACCAAUGAGGAGCGCCUCCUCUUCGUUGGUGGGGAGGUGUCCGAACGCUGCUUGGAGCUCAGCGAUGACACCUGCUUUCUGGAUGCCAAAAAUGAACAGUGGGUCAUGGAGACGCCCCUCCCAGCCAGGAGGAGCCAUCACUGUGUGGCCGUAUUGGGAGGCUUCAUUUUCAUAGCUGGAGGCAGCUUCUCCAGGGACAAUGGAGGGGAUGCAGCUUCGAAUCUUCUCUAUAGGUAUGAUCCCCGCUGGAACCAGUGGAUAAAGGUAGCUUCCAUGAACCAGCGGCGAGUGGAUUUCUACCUGGCCUCCAUUUCAGACAUGCUGGUUGCUGUCGGUGGAAGAAAUGAAAACGGGGCACUUUCUUCCGUGGAGGCGUAUAGUCCCAAAAGCGACUCCUGGUCUUAUGUAGCAGGUUUGCCAAGAUUUACAUAUGGCCAUGCUGGCACCAUCUAUAAGGACUUUGUUUAUAUCUCUGGAGGUCACGAUUACCAAAUUGGCCCUUAUCGGAAAAAUCUCCUCUGCUACGACCACCGUACAGAUGUGUGGGAAGAGAAGAGGCCCAUGAUCACGGCCCGUGGUUGGCACAGUAUGUGCAGCUUGGAGGACAGCAUCUACUCUAUUGGAGGAAGCGAUGACAAUAUCGAAUCCAUGGAGCGCUUUGAUAUCCUGAGCGUGGAAUCCUAUAGCCCCCAGUGCAACCAGUGGACACGGGUGUCUCCUCUGCUGCAGGCCAACAGUGAGUCUGGUGUGGCCGUGUGGGAAGGGAAAAUCUAUAUCCUAGGGGGCUACAGCUGGGAAAACACCACCUUCUCUAAAACGGUCCAGGUUUAUGACCGUGAAAAGAACAAGUGGUUCAAAGGGACUGACCUCCCGAAAGCCAUUGCUGGAGUAUCUGCCUGCGUUUGUGCCCUGAAGCCCAGACCAGAAGACAAAAAGAAAAAAACUAAAACUAAGAGGCAUCAGGAUCGCGGGCGAUGACUGAGCUGGGAUGACCUUACUCUUUAUUGAGUCAUCUUCAAGAAUGUCUUCUUUAAUGGCAAACUUUUUUUUUUUUUCCGGCACUUUGGGAACAGAUGUACAGAUGCUAAGACAUCUGGAACUUGGGCAGAAUCCUCUGGCACAGUUUAGUGAGUCACAAGAGAGAAAAAGUGCUAUUACAGUUUUAAGUUAGAAAUGCAUAUUAGGUGACAUUUAACUACAAUUUAUUACUUUUAUGUUUCUGGUUAUUCUACAACAAUUAAUAAUAAUUUUUUAAAGAUCUAUGUAAUGUAGCUUAUUAUUUUGCAGAAUAAGUAAACAGACUAGGAGCAGUAAGAUCAUAGAUCUGGAAGUUUCCUUAAAGGUCAUCUAAUCUCCAUUUUACCGAUGAGAAAACUGAGCCCCCGAGAGAGAGAGGUGGCCACUCCCCCAUUUUCACAUAGCAGCUUAGUGGCCAAUCUGACGCUAGGCCUUGAAUCUGCUGCCUUUCAGUCUACAUACUCAUCUGGCCUGGUUUCUUCCAAAGGAAUUGCCCUAUAGUGAAACUUGAUAGACAACAAAAUCAUAGGGGUAACAUUGUUGUCAGUGAUCCUACCACACUAUGCCUUAUCGGUUCUUAAUGCAGUUGGAUAAUAUUAAGACUAUCAGGCGACCAGUAUGUAUCACUAAUCACAACUUUCUAAAGCCAUCGCCUCAGACUCUGAAGUGGUAAUAGGUAGUCAUUUGAAAAACAAACACAAAAUCCGAAUAAGUGUGAUGAAUCGAUGAAGCCCUCUAUUUAUAUUUUCAUGCAUCGACUUCAUUCCUCAGACUCAUUAAAUUUCUUAGGUUCCUAAUGUAUUGAGUUAACAUAACCUACAUUCUUUUCUCUAAAAUCUUUGGCAAAUGUCACAAACAACCUUACUUUUUCAUACAUAGACUGGUCUUGAAGGACUGACCAGAGAUUCCAAUAUAGACUGCUAAUGAAUACUUAGCCCCUCUUGUAGGGAAGGAUAACUGGGCUAUGUCAGUUACUGGUUCUGAUAUCAUUCAUCUUUGCAACCAUGGACGGGUCAUGUGACUUUUCUGGGCCCUCAGUUAUUUUUAUCUUUACUAUGAGGAGGUUGGGCUAGAUGAUCUCCAAAGACCUCUCCAGCUCUAAUAAAUCUGUGAUUUUAUAAUUCCAUAUAAACUACUACUAAAUGUUUCAUGAUCCAUCCUUCCUUUAGGUUAAAUUUCCUUAUUUAGGGGUUAAUAUAAAGUAUCAAAGAAUUUUUGAUAACUUUUAGAAAUGGUUGAUGUCCUGAUGCCAAGGGCCCAAAUAAGGGAGGAGAGAGGGUAUAGUAAUCCUUGAAGGAUCGAUCUCAGGUUGCCUGGGAUAAGAAAAGUCAUGAUUUAAAAAAAAAAAAAAGAUUACUAUUGAUAUCAAAACAGAGGAACAAAAGGCUUGAGAGGCAACACAGAAUAAUGGAUAGCAAACUGGCCCCCGAGCAGGAAAAUUUAGAUUCAAAUCCAGCCUCUGACACAUAUUGGCUGUGUGACCCUGGGCAAAUCACUUAACUGAGUAGUGCCCCUAGCCAGUUCUCUAAGUUUAUAAGUUACAAAGAGGGUACAGAGCUUGCUUCCCAUGAAAUCACACAAAGAAAAAAGGGGGACAGCUAGGUGUUGUGGUAGAUAAAGCACUGGCCCUGGAGUUAGGAGGACCUGAGUUCAAAUGUGGCCUCAGACACUCAAUAGUUAUAUGACCCUGGGCAAGUCAUUUAACCCUGAUUGCCUAAAAAAAAGGUAGGGGGAGGGAGAAAAACUUCACUUAUUUCCUUCUAAUUAUUAUUUUCUGUUACUUCCUUCCUUAGCCCUAGAAAAAAUACAAAUUAGGGCUUGUGCUGUAGCUUCAUAUAUCAUAAAACACAUUUUAGGCCCCUCUUUCUGCUGAGUCCACUGGCAUUGACAAGAGGAUCCUGGUAUACAAUAGUAGCCUACAGUAGCUGAUCCUGCUGCCCUCUAUUGGUCGGUUGUGAUUUUGCAGGUUUUUAAAACAAAACUGUGCAGGCCCCUUCCUUCCCAUAACAAGGCCUAAUGGUGCUAACACUGGACUUCCAGAUUGCGUCAAAAUGGAUGAACAUUCUCACGAUCUUCCUUAGGGCACUGCUGGCCCCUCAGCAGAAUAGUUAUCAAGCACAGUGCUUGGUACAUUAUAAGCACUAUAGAAAUACUCAUCCCCUCCCCAUCCCUUCUAGACUCAGUGGCUCACCCUCAGUCAUGAUCAAGUACCAUAGUCACUGCCGUGACUUUUUACACCUUACAAAGGCUGAAGGGAGGGGAGGAAGGUCAUGAGCUUAGGAUCUGUGAGUGACUGUGGGAGCUGGGAGAUAAUCUAGCUUAGUCCUACUCUCAGAUUGGUAUGUGAGCAGCAAAAGCUGUCUGUCCCUUUGAAAUACAUGAAGGUAAUGGCAGCCCUCCUAGCUAUUUCCAGAUGACCUAAUAAUAACUAGGCAUAUUAUUUAGCAUAAGGUGACAUGCAUUAGUUAGCCUUGGUUGUGAACUCUCAAUUUGGGGCUAUUGGCUUUAGUCUAAUACCUUGCGACAUCUCCCUUGACAGUAUUAAGGCAUGCUUUAUUUGUUUUUGGGUUUUGUUUUUUAAAGUUCCACUCUAUAAACCAUUUGGGUUGAGUUUUUCCUUUUAAAAUACAAAUUCAACCUCUACUUUGCAGCGUUUCUGAGUACUUAAGCGCUAGAUUAACUAAAACAUACAAAGCUUCAAAUAUAUAUAUGUGUGUGUGUGUCCAUAGAUAUAUAUAUGAUUUGGAGAAUAGGUGACAUAUAUGCAUAUGAAAAAUCUUGGCCACUUCAUGUUAACAACUAUUCCCCACCAGACUCAUGUCCUUGGAAAUUGCUGUCUCUAAGGAAAGAUAGUAUUUUCAGUCACAUUCUUGAAAAGUCAACUCUUACCACUACUUUGAUUUUGAAUACAAGUGGAUCCUUUGUGGAUUUUCUAAGUGAUUAUGUUUUAUCUUAUUUUGUUUUCAAAGGUCCUGGAAUGUAACUGAGUGUCAGAUAUGCAUUCAAAGUCCAUAUUCCUUAAGUUUGAACAGGUUUUGGGUCAAUAAGUUAAUAGAUUAAAGACCUUUGAUUUAUAAUUCUCAGGGUGGGGCCUCCCUCCACCAAUGAAGAUUGGACUCCAUGCCGUAUAGUCUUAGAGAGUUGCUGGAGACUUAAAUGCAAUGGUACAAGGGGAAAAAAGCCUGUAGAACUUUUUCUGUCUCCAGGCUUAAAAUUUUUUUUUAAUAAAUCCAUUUCAUCAGCUUAGAGUUAUUCUAAAAGCAGUCAUACUAUUUAGACCUGGAAGGACCUUGGAGAUCAUUUAGUCCCAAAAUGUGAGCUGCUAUUUUGAUUGGUCCACAAAGCAUAGACUCCAAUGUUGUCUGGCCCAAAGGUCAUACUAAAUAUUCAGAAUAUAUGGUGAGCCAUGGGUGUUAUUUUAUGACCCUCAAGCAAAGAGUUGACCCCAGUUUUUGAACCCUUCAUGAACCUAAACAAGUUGGGAACUUAGAAAACAACCUUAUCAGAUGGUUCCAACAUUUGGUAGGAACCCAAACAUCACAAUUGUGUGAAUGUUCAAUUCUACAAGUUGGAACCGACAAAAGAUGCUCUCAAAGCACAGAUUUCAAUUCAGUUUAAUUCAACAAGACUCAUUGCAGAGCUUUCUUAAAAGCAAACCUUAUGAACAGCAUUGCUUGUGAGAUCUGGGCUAGCGUACUUGCCAAAGGAAGAAGUAUGAUUUAGUGAGGGGCAAUGCAACCUAGCUGUAGGAGCAUUGAAUAUGGCAGCAAAAGCCUCUGAAUUGCAAUUCAUGCUCUGCUACUUACUGUCCAUUUGACCCUGGGUAGAUCAUUGAAUACUGAUAGCAUCAAUUUCUUUUUUUGUUUGUUUAGUAUUUUAUUUUUCCCCCAGUUACAUGUAAAAACAUUUUUAACAUGAAUUUUCAAAAGUUUGAGUUCCAAAUUCUCUCCCUUCCUCCCUCCCCACCCUCCACCCCCAUUGAGAAGGCAAGCAAUUUGAUAUAGGUUAUACUUGGGUAGUCGAGAGCAUCAAUUUCUUCCAUCGUAAGAUGGGGCAGAGGGGGCGGAGAAUUGUGGCAUGAACUAGGAUGACUCUAAGGUCUCUUUCAUUUCUAGAUCCUAUGAUCCAUAUAGAAUGACAUCUCAGUGACAGUUCAAAACUUUCUGAGAAAUGAACCUUCCGAUCUGGUAGGAUACACUGUGAUCUUGCUAUUAAGGUAUAUAUCCAGGCUCUCAUAUGUCAUUGUGACCAUCAGUAUGCAGGGGUUUAUCCAGUACAUGCUAAAGCAGCACCUUAAGAGCCCUUUGCUAUUCUAACUUCUCAGCUCUAUUUUCAGGACAUGGACCCAGCUUCAAGAUACAGUCACAGCUGUUAGAUGCAAUGAUUGACUAUUUAAUAACUCUCACUAAGUUAGAUCAUGAAUGUCCAUAGAUAGAGAUGGUGAGAAUUGGAUUUUGUUUUUCUGUUCUUUUUGCUGGAGUGCAGGUUAUCUAUACAGAACACCAGCAGAAAUUCCUGUGUUGUAGGAAAUACGAUCACACAAGUAGCUAAGAUGCAUGGGCACAAACUGUGUGUCUGCCCAGCAGGUUUUAGAAUUUUUGAAACGUUUUUAUACUUUUGUAUAGCACACCUUUUGCUAAUACCUUGCCUCUAGACUGCCUGCUGAGUUCUCCCCUGGAAUGCUGCUCAGCAUGGAGGACCCUUUGAUCCCUGCCUGGAGCCCACUGUCUACCGGUUUGUUCCCUGGCUCUAACUAUUGUGGUGUGAUGCAGCCUGCCCAUGAUACCAGAUAGGGCAAAGUGCAUGAUUAUACUAGGGGCCUGACCCUGGCAAUUCAGUUUUGUAAUGCCGCUUACUUGUAUGGCCAUUGACGAUUUGCCAAGAGGACUUUUUAUACUACCAUAAGAUGUUAUUAUGUCGAGAAGUUCAUUUCUUUAAACUACUUCCUCAGUACCUCCCCAGCACCUAGCCCAGUGCCUCAAACACUUUAGGCACUCGGAAAAUAUUCGUGGUUCAAUUGAUUGGCACAUCAUGUUUCUCAUAUGUGUUUACCUGUCUAUGCAGGAUCUGACUUUUUGUGAAUGGGCAUAGUCCUACACAUCUACUUACAUACCUUUUUUCAGUCUCAUGUGAAAAUCAAAGUUACGAAGAUAAAACUUGCUUGCACUUCACGGACUCAUUGUCUACAUCUUUAGGUUUAAAAAAUGUUCAUUUCUUUGGGUUUUGGUUUUUGGUUUGGCUUUUGUUUAUUUUUUACUGGGUUAGAAUGGAGGGCUUGAGGUGGCCUUGGUCUAUCAAGUUAUUGCCACUAGGAGGGUCUCCCUUUGGACAGUUGCAAGAACAUAAAGAAAGAGACAUCUUGAAUGUUUGAAAGUUACUAGAAACUUAGGUUCUAAUUUCUGUUAAUAGUAGAAGCAAUGAUGUGGAUGCUGUUUGUACUGAAUGAGAUGCUAGCCUUCUCUUCUUCUAGCACUCACUUCCCUAACAUUUUUUAGGAUAUUGAGUGGUUAGGUAAGUCUCUGGAGUUGUGUUGGUCCAUAAGUGACAAAUCUGGUGAUGGGGGAGGGGUAAGGGGGGAAGGGAGGCUGUGGUUUAAAAAAUCAUUUUUGUAUUUGUACUUUUUUUCUCUUUUAACACACUUGGAGCUUCUCUGCAUUUUACCUCUUUGUGUUUGGAUUAAUUUUCCUGCAUGUUGCUAUAUUUUCUUUGUAGCUAACUAUAUAACAAAGUAUUAAAUACUUGAAACACAUUAAAAUUACUUGCCUGUUAGAACAUG